UUCUAUCGAAGCCGUCCUAGCCGAGUUACCUGAGUCAAAGAGGUUCCUUUCGGCCUAGAUUUGGCGGCAGAGCUAACCUAGUUUCUUGGGCGUUUUCAAGAUCUUUCCUUUCAACAAUCCCUUGUCAAUCGAAUAACGGAAUCAAAAUAUGGAAUUGCCAUGGCAGAUCUUUGAGUACAUCGGUGUCAUAGGCUUGAUUUUCACUUUAGGAUUAGGCAUUUUGAUUGUAAUCGAAGCUUUCUGUAGAAGAUCCAACAAUUGCCAUCUCGAAGCUCAUCCAAUAUUCGAAGAUCCAAAUUCUUUGAAACAGGUACCAUGUCCCUCCAUCUUUGAUCCAGCAGAGAAAUAUCUAUCCUUAGUAAUUCCUGCAUUCAAUGAAGAACAUAGACUUCCAAGUGCAUUAGAAGAAAUGAUGAUCUAUCUUCAAAAACGAACUGCAAAGGACCAGUCUUUUUCAUAUGAGGUUGUGAUUGUGGAUGAUGGAAGUCGCGAUGAGACAAAGAGAGUAUCCUUUGAGUUUGUGAGAAAGUACAAGGUGGAUAAUGUAAGAGUUAUCCUUCUUGGAAAAAAUUGUGGCAAGGGAGAAGCGAUCAGAAAAGGAAUGCUUCAUUCACGGGGUGAACUUCUUCUGAUGCUAGAUGCUGAUGGAGCAACUAAACUUACAGACCUUGAGAAGCUUGAGAAUCAGAUUCAUGCAGUUGCCAAAAAGGAACUUGGAGAAGAUUCAAGCGUAAGAAUUUCAGAUGUCCCAAUUGUUGCAUUUGGUUCUCGUGCUCACCUUGAGGAGAAAGCUUUAGCUUCUAGGAAAUGGUAUCGUAAUAUCCUUAUGAAGGGUUUCCACAUGGUGGUCCUCUUGGCUGCUGGACCUGGAAUUCGAGACACACAGUGUGGUUUCAAGAUGUUUACUAGAGCUGCUGCCAGGAAGCUGUUCAUAAAUAUACGAUUGAAAAGGUGGUGCUUUGAUGUGGAGUUAGUAUAUUUGUGCAAGUGGUUUGGUAUCCCUAUGUUAGAGAUAUCUGUGAACUGGACAGAGAUUCCUGGGUCAAAGGUGAACCUACUGAGCAUACCCAACAUGCUCUGGGAGAUUGUAUUGAUGUCAGUAGGGUACAGGACCGGCAUGUGGAAGAUUUCUUCUUGAGUUUUCAUUUAUAACACACAGUUAGAUUCCGUUUGUUACUCUCACACAGAUUAAGUACCAAAACGGAAGAAAAAUGAUAUCUUUUGAUCCACCAGGUAGGUUCUUGAUCUGCAAUCAGAGGUUAACAUCCAAAUUCUUGCUUUUGUUAUCAAUAUAUUUGGUUAAUUGUGGUAUGUUACUAAUGGGAGUACAAAACCAGUGAUUGAAUUAGUAGUAGUUGAAAAAAGGAUUGUUUUUUCUCUACUGACAUAUAGUAUGAACUAUAAUUAUCUGCUGCUGGCUUUUAGCCUCUUCUAUAAUGACUGAUUUUGAUAGUACUUUACUUGACCUUGUUUUUCUAAUUUUCUGUUCAAGUUUGUCUGCGACCCGAGGGAUUGAUUCCCUGUGGUGGUGUUGACUAUUUAUUUAUUUUUUCUUUCUGAAAAACAAAAUUAUUUGUCUGA